GAGCGCGGCGCGUCCGCACCGGAUCGGACAGCCCAGGGAGGUGGCACUGGCGGGAGGGUCGGAACCAUGGCGGCCAGGGCGGCGGUAGACGGGCGCUGGGAGGUGGUGAAGAAGGGGCGGCGGCCUGGGGCCGGCGGCAGGGGUAGAGGCGGCGGAGGGGACCGCCGGGCGCUCGGAGAGGCGAACGGAGUGUGGAAAUACGACCUGACCCCUCCAAUCCAGACCACAAGCACUCUGUAUGAGCGGGGCUUUGAGAGAAUCAUGAAGCAGCAGAAUAAGGAGCAGGUUCCCCCUCCUGCUAUGGAGCCUAAGAAACCAAAGAACAAGAAACAGACUAAGAAGGUGGUGACCCUCACCAACCAAAACCCGAAGCAGGGCCGUUUCCGCAGCCUGGAGGAGGCACUGAAAGCUCUGGACGUGGCAGCUCUGCAGAAGGAACUGGACAAGAGCCAGAGCGUGUUCUCUGGAAACCCAUCUGUGUGGUUGAAGGAUCUGGCCAGCUAUCUCAACUACAAGCUCCAAGCACCUCUAAGUGAACCCACACUAAGCCAGCAUACUCAUGAUUAUCCCUACAGCGUGGUGAGCCGGGAGCUGCGUGGGAUCAUCCGAGGGCUGCUGGCAAAGGCAGCUGGGUCUCUCGAGCUCUUUUUUGACCACUGUUUGUUCACCAUGCUGCAAGAGCUUGAUAAAACGCCAGGGGAGUCACAGCAUGGUUACCGCAUCUGUAUCCAGGCCAUUCUGCAAGACAAGCCCAGGAUUGCCACCAUGAACCUGGGCAAGUUUCUUGAACUGCUGAGGUCCCACCAGAGCCGACCAGCAAAGUGUCUGACCAUCAUGUGGGCCGUGGGUCAAGCAGGUUUUGCUAACCUCACCGAGGGACUGAAAGUGUGGCUGGGGAUCAUGCUGCCUGUGCUGGGUAUCAAGUCUCUGUCUCCCUUUGCCAUUGCAUACCUGGAUCGACUGCUCCUGAUGCACCCCAAUCUCACCAAGGGCUUUGGCACGAUCGGUCCCAAGGACUUCUUCCCACUUCUGGACUUUGCCUAUAUGCCUAACAACUCCCUGACACCCAGCCUGCAGGAGCAGCUGUGUCAGCUCUACCCCCGACUGAAGGUGCUGGCGUUUGGGGCGAAGCCAGAAGCCACCCUACAUACCUACUUCCCUUCCUUCCUGUCCAGAGCCACCCCAAGCUGCCCUCCUGAGAUGAAGAAAGAGCUCCUGAGCAGCCUGACUGAGUGCCUGACGGUGGACCCCCUCAGUGCCAGUGUCUGGAGGCAGCUGUACCCCAAGCACCUGUCACAGUCCAGCCUACUGCUGGAGCACCUGCUCAGGUCCUGGAAGCAGAUUCCCAAGAAGGCACGGAAGUCUUUGCAAGAAACCAUUCAAUCCUUCAAGCUUACCAACCAGGAGCUGCUAAGGAAGUGCAGCUGGAACAACCAGGAUGUCGUCACCUGCGAUGUGGCCUGCAAGGGUCUGUUGCAACAGGCAUGGGGCUGCCGACUGCCCUUGACACAGCUGCUCCUCUUGGUGCUGGUCUUCGCCAUAGGUUUCCUGUGCCAUGACUUACGGUCACACAGCUCUUUCCAGGCCUCUGUUUCUGGUCAGUUGCUUCAUUCAUCUGGUUUCUUGCCUGCUGGCCAACAAGCAUGUGCCAAGAUCUACUUCUACAGCUUGCAAGGUUACAGCUGGCUAGAGGAGACAUUGCCAGCCUGGGGCUCCCACCUGCUGACUGUCGUGAGGCCUGGCUUGCAGCUAGCCUGGAAACACACUAGUGCCACAGUCAGCUUCCUUUCUGCCCACUGUGCCUCGCACCUUGCCUGGUUCGGUGACAGCCUCACCAGCCUCUCCCAGAGAAUCCAGCUCCCUGACGCCCUAACCCAGCUGCUCCAUUCUCUAAAGGAGUUGCUCCUACUUCUCUACCAGAACGUGCUGGUGCCCUUGUGGCACAUACUGCUUGAGGCCCUGGCCCGGGCCCAGGAGCACUGCCACAAGGCAUGCAGAGGUGAGGUGACCUGGGACUGUGUGAAGACACAGCUCACUGAGGCUGCCCGUUGGACCUGGCUCUGCCUGCAGGACAUCACAGUGGCUUUCUUGGACUGGGCACUUGGCAUGAUUUCCCAGCAAUAGGCCCUGCCUCCCUGGUCACUGGGUUUUGUCUGGGGCAGGCCACCUUAGACUGCUGGGGAAUUAAGGUUACAGUUCUGUAUUAGAGUCUUUUUGACUUGGUGCCUGAGUUCUAUCUCCUAGGCAAGUGACUACUAGCUUCUGCCCCAGUUGUUACAUCUUUGACGAGGACUGAGCCGAGGUAUCUCAGCCUUCUACCCCCAGUCCCUCUGAACAUUUCUCUGGCCCUGUGGCAUAUGGCUCCCAGCCUUGUCCUUGGGCUGGUAGCCUCUCCAGCCCCCCGCUGUCUUCUGCUCUCCACUUUUCCAUCUCAUUCUUGAUGCCAAACUGCUCACCUCCUAAAAGGUGGGAGUCCAGUGAGUGGCACCUGCAUUCUUCUGGCAAACGAUUCCUGCUCCUGGACAUUAACCACAGCAGAAAAAGGAAAGGGCCCUCCAGAGGAAUAUAGUACUGCAGUGGAUAACAGCCUCACCUGUACCCAAGUCUGAGUGUGGCUGUCAGUGGACAUGAAAGACUAGGCUAAAAGGCCUGUCACCUCAAAAUGGCCAACUGAGGUCUUCAGGACCCCUCGCCGUUCUCUGCAUCGUGCUCCUACUUCCUCACUCUCCAUUCCCCUUCAGCGCUGGAGUCUCCACCUCAAGGUUCACCUCUCUCAGCUGCCUGCCUCUCUCCCUGCCAUCUGUCUGGAGAACAGAACCCAGGUAGUUGAAGGCACAGAGAACCCUUCCAGCAGGCUGUUGAGACAGGAUUCACAUAUGGCUUCUGGGUAUGCCUCCUAAGUGGAAUAAAGGACACAACUGUGAUGGCUAGCUUUCCUCUCUACAUCCUUGUAUAGAAAUUCCCAUAGUCGUUAAGAGGACAGCAAAAUGUUGGGCUCUGCAUGUUCUUUGGCCCCCUGCCCAUGUAGUGGGGAGGGCUUCCCACUGUCUGUGAUUGAGCUUCUGGCAGGGAAAGCCCAUACCCAUGAUUCUAGACUUCAGCCUAUUGAGAGUUCUGGACACACUCCUCUUGCUCCCUUAAUCAUACUGCCUUGUCACUGUAACCCAUGUCUCACGAUUUGCCUUGAUAGCUUGAGUAUUUCAUGCUUGGAAAAGCAAGGGAGAAGAGUCUCCAAGGGGAUGAGGGGUCAGUGAUCAGGGGUAUCCUCUCAUUGCCAGGCCCUUAACUUAUUAAUAGGUUUUAUAAGGCCACGAGUGAAAGAUCUUUGAAAUUCCAAAAGACACAUGAAUCAUGGGGCUAUCACCAAAGUCCUUUUUGUUUUCAACUUGAGACUACGGUCAGAUAAUUGCACAGGCUUUCAGGUCUCACCUCAAGUUUUCCCCCUUACAUGUUUUUAAAUGUAUGCAGUACCAGAGGUGCACCGCCCACUCCAAUUUCCAGGCUGGUUUCUGCUUCCGUCAUUAUGCCUAAGAUGACCUGCAGGGAUGAUGACUGGCUACCACUUUCCCUUUCACAUGCUGCCCUUAGGCAGUACUUCGGUUUUUCGGUGGAGGGGUUAUAAAAUAUCAAGCACAGAAAAAUUAUGACAAGUGAGGUCGUGAUUACAAUAUCUCACCUUUUUUGUUUCCUUGUUAGGGUGUAACUACAUUACCUCUUGGAAGCUGAGCAGCUCAUGUUGGGCAGAAUCCUGCUUUCGUAGUGGCAGUUAGCCAUGACCACUUUUCCCAGAAAAAAAGAAACUAUACCUGGCAAAGGGCCAGGCCCAGGACUGCUAGGCAGGAUUGUCCAAGGGUCUCAAGACAUUUUCCAUUUCCUCAGUUCUUCCUUAUCAAUCAGAAAUGGCUUCAGUUCUUAAAAAUAGUGGAUCCUUGUAACUGGCCUGUUCUCAGGCAAGUCGAAAGGGGGCUGGUAUGAACCUGAGUUGGUGACAAUACAGGACAAGUAAAAUGGUGACACUCAUACUGUGACAUCAAGUCUGACCAAGACUGCUGGACCCAAGGUCUCAAUCCAGCAACUCAGAAUGGCACUUAGUGCUACAUCAGCUUCUAUGAUCCAUUUGCAUUGUUAGGUGCAUUUAAUUUCUGCAUAAAAUCCUGGGUUGCUGCAUUUCUCUUCAACUUAGGAUAACUAGGUCUCCACAGCCUUUCACAGGAACUAUGACACCUUAACUGGCUUUUUUUGAUAGAUGGUUGUUUGGCCCAAUACUGGAAUUGUCCAGAAUUUAUCCUUUGUCAGAAGAGUAAUCCACUAAACACCACACCUGCUGUCCCUUAGCUAAAUCAGACACCUAGACCUUUCAUUUUGUGCAGCACUGUCACUAACCAGGAAUCCAUGCUGAGCCAGUGAGUUGAGCCAAUGUGGACUAUUAGAAUACACUGAGCUGACAGGUGGACAAUCACACUGUGACUAUUGAUGUUAUGGAAGAACAGAAACCGACACCUCAGAAGGUCACAUCUGGACAUUGCAACUUUUCACACACAGCUGGAAUUCUGCAGAUAACAUGUCAUAAAACUGAAGGGCCAUUUAAGUAUAGUUCUCUUACUAAUGUAUUACCAAUUCUUGUAUGGACCUGCAAAUUACAUCAGAUGACACAUUUGAAACACUUCACAUCUUUUUAAGUCAUAAAGCCGAUUUCCAGAUUUGUAUCCAGCUUUACGGCAGGGCAGCUUAAUGGGUAGCCUUACUAUGCCCAGAUAAUGUUGCCCUACAAACAACGUUGUUGGACUUGGCUGCUUACAAAUGCCAUCACCCUUAGGGUGAAAUGUUUUCCAUCGAGACAGGCAUGCCUACCCUGCUCUAUUCCAGAAUGACCCAGUUAUCAAUUACAUGGAAAUUUCAAUAGUGAUGUGACCUGAACAUUAUAAUAUCUAAGUCUACUAGUGAACUAUCGUUUUUUAUUAUACUCUUCAUGGUUCUGCUCCCAAAAGGGCUUGAGGGGGCAAAGGACCUUACUCUUCCCUAUGUGGGAUUCCAUUUUAGUGAGCAGUUUCAUUACCCCAGACUUGGGUAUCAGAAGGUAUAAGAAGGAAUUUGGGGAGUGGGUGAAGCUACCACCAUUUAGGGUAUGAAUAAAUAUCCAUUGAAUAUUCUGCCUAUUAAUAAAGUUUAAUUCAGAUGCAUU